AUGACCGAUCUCGCCCCCCAUCUCGAGCGUCUGGGCCUUGAGCAGUACCUCGAUGCCUUCAUAGGCGAGGGCUUCGAUAGCUGGGAGACCCUAACAGACAUUCAAGAGAGUGACUUUGAUGCCCUUAAUGUCAAACUUGGCCACCGCCGGAAACUGCAGCGCGCGAUCGCUGAAUACCGAGGCAUCUCCUACGAACGCCUCGUUGGGUCACCCGCGCAGGAAACGCUGACGGACAGUGGCAGAGCUCCUGAGAGCAGUGCACCCCCUGCCCUGGGUACGGAACGGGCGUCGGGGCCGCCUCCCGAGACCAAGAGGAAGUAUAGGCGUCAUCCCAAGCCCGAUGAAAAUGCUCCCGAGCGCCCUCCUUCCGCCUACGUGAUAUUCUCGAACAAGGUGCGUGAAGAGGUGAAGGACCAGAACCUGUCGUUCACACAGAUUGCCAAACUCGUGGGCGACCGAUGGCAGAAACUGGAUCCUGCCGGCAAGGAGCCAUUUGAGAGCCAGGCCAACGCCGCUAAAGAAAGAUAUAAUAUCCAAUUGUCCACAUAUAGAAAGACCGAGGCGUACAAGGAGUAUAUGCAGUAUCUCGCGGACUUCAAGAGCAAGCAUGGGCAGACGUCGGAGCCAAAGAGGCCUAAGCUCGACGCCGAAUCCAGCGGCAGCAUCAUUUCCGCGAAGUCACUGGAGACCAAUCCUGACAUUGUCUCACAGCUUUCCGGCCAUGCCAGGGGAGGUUCAGUCGGGUCUGUGGCAUCGUCGCCUUUCAUCGGUGGUGGGACGCAACCUACGUCGCGGCCACCGCUGCCCUCCUCGCGUAGCGGCUCGCCUCCGGCGCUCCAGCAAAGUCGAGACUACUUCCGUCCUGGUGUGCCCUCGCGUCACAGCUCAAUCUCAGACGAGUCAUCCACAGUACGCAGUGAUCUACCGGAGCCGUUGAUGCGCACGGCAACUCUGUCACUUGGGAUUCCUCCGUCGGCGGCCACACCACCUCUUCAGCCGCAGGCUUCAAGCGCGUUGCUCGUGGAUUCGAUGGGAUCCCCUGAUGUACCUGCACGGCAGAGGCUUUUGUACGGAAUGCAGCAGCAGCCUUUGCAUCCGCCGCAGCACCAAUCGCCUCAAUACCAACAGCAGCGUUCAAGCUUUUCUGCCGCGUCUGGUAUCAGUGGCGCGCCUCCACCAAGCGCGGCUUUCCCGCCAAACUUCUCCUCCCCGACCAUGCAAGAGAGACCAUGGGGAAGCCGCCCGGUUGAUAUCCGCGGAUACGCAGACCAACCAGCAGGUGGUCAUUCUUCUCUGCCAUAUGGGCCGGUCGGGAUGCAGCAACCACAUCCUCCCCAACUGCCACCACCUUUCCCGCCAGACCGUGUCCCCGAAUUCUCUCACGGGCCCUAUUUAAGGACCCUUCCACCUCCUCGAAGUCGGUCGACCGUGGGUACAGCACCGGGAGAGAGUGGUUCGCCGGCGCCAACGAAUCCGUUGGCGUUCCGCAGGCCGGGGCUGGAGGACUCUCAUCCUGUACUGGAGCGGUCCGAAAGCGAUGCGGCCAGCACCCUAGCUGGAUUGGCCGCCACACCCAUCUCCCGCCUGGACACGGACAGGCCGUUCGACUAUCCACCACCUCCCCGAACUGCGCCUUAG